UAAGUUCUUCUUAAGGUUGCUGCUUACAAUUAAUUGUACACUGCGGCGAUUGGCACGAGAGGCUACGCAUAUCUACCGGUAAAGAUGGCGCACAAACUAUUUCCGCAUACCGCUGAAGAAAAAUUAGCGAUAGAGAAAAACUUGGAAUGCUCCGAAGGUCUGAAGGAAGAUGUGGACGCCAUCAUGGAUUGGUUCCAGAAACAACCGCAUUUGGUUGAAGCUGGAAUAGAUUCAGAUGUUGUAAGAACUUUUCUCCUAGUGAGUAAAGGUUCUCGAGAAAAAGCGAAACGUAGAAUUGACAACUUCUACAAAUAUAGAGGAUUGGCUCCGGAAUUAAUUCAGAGCAGGACGCAAGCCUUGUCUAGCAACCAGGAUCUUUGGACGAUCUAUCGAUAUGCAGCAAUAUUGAAACUGUACGAAGGAAGAAGAAUUACGAUAGUCCAGUUUAUCGACCCAGACCCCAGUUCUUUUUCGUCUGAACAAGUCUUCAGGAAUCUAUACAUGAUGAACGAUUUAAGAGUAAAAUACGACUGUUUUCGAGGUGACAUUUGGAUUAUUGAUCUCAAAAACGCAACACUUGGACAUCUCCUAAGGUUAAAUCCUAUGUUGGCUCAAAAAUCUGCUCAAAUUUUCCAGGAAGGACUUGGGUUCAAAGUGCAUGCAAUCCACAUCUUAAACUUUCCGAGCAUAGGGCAACAAAUUAUAAGUUUAUUUCGAAAAUUUGUCAAAUCGAAAAUAAUGGACCGAAUUAUGAUACACGCUAGUAUAGCAGAUUUACACAAGUUCCUACCAAAACAAUAUCUGCCAAAAGAUUAUGGAGGAGAGGACUACAGUAUGCAAGAAUAUAAAGAUAUGUAUGAGAUAGAACUUCGAAGUGAGCCAACGAAACAAUUUCUACUCAAUGCGUGUAAGCAUGUAUCGAAUGAAAAGAAGAGGCCUCUUGCCGAUUAUAACUAUGAGUUUUUGUCUGGGACAUUUAAGAAACUAGAUAUAGAUUAGUAUAGUGCA